AUGGUCAAAAAUGCUGCAGCUUCAUGGGAACUUGGUACUGCUUCAGAGGCUCUUUUAGAGCUCGACAACACGGAUCUGAGCGUAUUUGGUCACCAUGCUUUCACAUCGGCAUCAGCCGAGACAGAGGCUCUAGCCUAUGCAAAACCACAUAUCGCUCUUGGUAGUGAUCUAUUAAUUGCCGAUGCUGCAUCAAACAGUGAUCCGGUUUCCCUUGGUGUUGCCGCUGUGAUGCUAGGGAAAACAAUAUCUGCGUAUUCAACCGCAGCGGAGAAUCAGUUGAACACGCUGCUCUACCAUACCCCAAAAGCCUCAAAUGGAGCUAUUAGCCAUCGUUCUCGGUCAAUCGCGUUGUGGUCGGAUUUCAUUUACAUGGCCCCUCCGUUUCUGGCCUACUAUGCAAUAUCUACGCAGAAUGAUACCUUACUAGAUGUAGCUGUACAACAAGUCCAGGACUAUCGAGCGGUCCUAAAAUCUUCCAGUGGUGCUUGGUCACAUAUUUCCGCCUCCAGCCAUCCAGAUACUAGCUUCUGGUCUACAGGAAACGGAUGGGCUGCAAUGGGAAUUACCAGGGUCUUGGCCGCGAUUCUGGCGGCGCCUUCCCGUACAACCAAUCAACAAACACAGACAGUCACUCUUAGAGAUUGGAUUAAGGAGAUCAUCGACGCUGCAAUGAAGACUCCACGCGAUUCUGCGGGUCUUCUCCAUAACUAUCUAAACAAUGCUGCCACUAUUGGCGAGACGUCAGGGACUGCCCUUCUUGCGGCAGUUGUAUAUCGUAUGGCCGUUCUUGAGCCAACAGUAUUCUCCAGUACAUAUAUCGCAUGGGCAGACACUAGCCUCAAUGCAAUCGCGAAGCAUGUUAAUGCGGCUGGUGUUGUUUCCCCGGCGGUGAACCCAUAUGCCUAUACAAGCCAGACUCCAUAUACGAAAGGCAGCCCUGAGGGACAGGCUUUUGCAGUAAUGUUAUACGCAGCGCAUAGAGAUUGCUUCGCCGCUAGUGUCUGCUCGAGCUAGAAAGUCCGCCGCCAUUAUUAUAAGGAGGAAGAGGACUCUAGUGAAGGAGUAUCAAGGAGCCUUUUCUACCCCCCACAGACUUUUUUAAGCGUUAGGAGUCGCACUUUUCAAAACCGAGAGGAGAUUCUGGAGGUUGCGCGGAGAACUGGG